AUGAAGUUCAUUGCCCCCGCUGCUCUUCUGGCUGUGCUCCAGGCUGCCAGUGCCUCUCCGGUCGACAUCAGGACCAGCACCACUGGGCUUCAGGUCACCCUCUCCCAGGUUGACAACACUCGCAUCAAGGCUGUUGUGCAGAACACCGGUAGCCAGGAGGUUACCUUCAUGCACCUGAACUUCUUCAAAGAUGCCUCUCCUGUCAAGAAAGUCUCUCUCUUCCGCGACAGUAUGCUCCAUCCCAUCCUUUCUUCCUGCAACGAUGAGGUCAAGUUCGAGGGUAUCAAGUAUCGCGUGCAAAGCAGCAACCUCUCUGACAAGGUCCUGACUUCGCUUGCCCCUGGUGCAUCCUUCGAGGAUGAAUUCGACAUUGCCACCACUGCCGACCUCUCUUCUGGCGGACCCAUUACCAUCCGCUCCCAGGGCACCGUCCCCCUGGUGAAGGACAGGUCCAUUAAAGGCCGCAUCCCCUACACCUCCAACGAGCUGACUAUUGAGGUCGACGGCGCCGAAGCCUCCAAGAUUGGGACCGUCGGCUCCAAGGUUAAGCGCACUGAGCUCUCCGGCUGCUCAGGCGAUCGCGGCGCUGCGCUCGAGACUGCUCUGCAGAACGCAGUCUCGCUGGCCAACAAGGCUGCUAGCGCCGCCAGCGAGGGUGGCGAAGCCUUCACCACUUUCUUCAAGGAUGACUCCAGCUCCACCCGCGAGACCGUUGCUGCUCGCCUCAAGGCCGUUGCAGAGGAGGCCGGUUCCACCUCUGGCGGUUCCACCACCUACUACUGCACCGACACCCUGGGUUACUGUGAGCAGAAUGUCCUUGCCUACACCCUGCCUUCACAGGACCUUAUUGCCAACUGUGAUAUCUACUACUCCGAACUCCCUGCUCUUGCAGACACCUGCUAUGACCAGGAUCAGGCAACUACCACUCUUCACGAGUUCACUCACGCUCCGGGCGUCUACUCCCCCGGUACUGAUGAUCUGGGCUAUGGGUAUGAUGCUGCGACAGCCUUGGAUACUGACGAUGCGCUUAACAAUGCUGACUCGUAUGCGCUCUAUGCUAACGCCAUCAACCUUGGAUGCUAG